AAAAAAGAAAGAGCUAACGCAACCCAAACCCAAAUUAUCAAUCUCCUCUACUUCCAUUUCUCCCUUCCAGUGGUUACUCACUCAGCCACUGUGCUUCUUCUUCUUCUUCUCUUUCUCCCUCUCUCCUCUUCCCAAUGCCCUCUCUCCACCUUCUCCCCGGCGCCACCACCGCCCCCAACUCCACAUUCCUCCUCCGCCCCCAUUCCCCUCUCCUCCUCUCCAAAACCCUAACCUCCAAAAAACCCAAACCCAAACCCCCCACUGCCCUCCUCCAGUGGAACCGCAAGCCCGAGCUCUCCGGUUCCAUCCCGCGCGUCACCGUCAUUACCUCCGGAAAGGGCGGCGUGGGCAAGACCACCACCACCGCCAACAUCGGCCUCUCCCUCGCCCGCCUGGGCUUCUCCGUGGUCGCCAUCGACGCCGACGUCGGCCUCCGCAACCUCGACCUCCUCCUCGGCCUCGAGAACCGCGUCAACUACACCGUAAUCGAGGUCCUCAACGGCGACUGCCGCCUCGACCAAGCCCUCGUCCGCGACAAGCGCUGGUCCAACUUCGAGCUCCUCUGCAUCUCCAAACCCCGCUCCAAGCUCCCCCUCGGCUUCGGCGGUAAAGCCCUCACCUGGCUCGUGGACGCGCUGAAAGCGCGUCCACAGGGCUCCCCUGACUUCAUCCUCAUCGAUUGCCCCGCCGGCAUCGACGCCGGCUUCAUCACCGCCAUCACUCCCGCCAACGAGGCCGUCCUCAUCACCACCCCCGACAUCACCAGCCUCCGCGACGCCGACCGCGUCACCGGCCUCCUCGAAUGCGACGGAAUCCGGGACAUCAAGAUGAUCGUCAACAGGGUUCGAACCGAUAUGAUCAAAGGAGAAGACAUGCUGUCGGUGUUGGACGUGCAAGAAAUGUUGGGGUUGCCCUUGCUUGGGGCUAUUCCUGAGGACACUGAGGUUAUUAGAAGCACCAAUAGAGGCUACCCUCUUGUGCUCAACAAGCCUCCCACUCUGGCUGGCUUGGCGUUCGAACAAGCCGCUUGGAGGCUUGUGGAGCAGGAUAGCAUGCAGGCCGUGGUGGUGGAAGAACAACCCAAACGAGGGUUUUUCUCCUUUUUUGGUGGGUAGGUUUUAAACAAGGUUAUGCAUAAUAGUGUGUAUAGCUAGUUAGUUGGUUGGGUUAGUGCAUGUUUGGAUGAGGGUUGACAAUAUUGAUUUUGGUUAAAAUUGAUUUUGAAGUCAUCUUAUUUAUGUUUUUAUUAUAGCAUCAAUUCUGAACUUCUAACAUGAAACCAAACAUGUGAGAAUUUAUUCAAAAUCAAUUCUAGACUCAAAAUCAAUUCUCCAAUGCUGAACCAAACACACGCUUAAUUAGUUUAAGGUGUUUGUUUUUGUUUAAUUGAUUGGUCCAGUAAUGACUAGUGAGUAUAUUUGUUUUGAGAAUUGAGAGAGUUCUGACUAGUUUGUAGAGCCUGCUGUGGUUUUUUGAGAGGUGUGGGAUGUUGGAGCUCUGCUGGAAUGAAUAAUUAUUUUUUGUUUUGUUUUGUUGAUGAGUGAAGUUAUGAUAUUAUGAUAUUCGAUGAAUUAAAAUGAA